AGAUCACACCAAUGAAGCUCCCGUUGAACCCCAAAACACAAUGAAGCCCCACCUCCACAUCCUCACCUCUAAUUUUAACCCCUCACCUCCACCUCACCUCCUACUACGACGCCGUCCACUUCCCUCUCCCCGCCUCCUCACCGCAUCUCUCUCCGAUCACAAUGCUCGCCGCCGCCUCUCCUUCGUCGAAUAUUCCCUCGCUCGACGCUCCGUCGUACUCACUCCCCUCCUCGCCGCCGUCGGCUCUUCGCUCCUACAACAAUCGCAGUCGUUGGCCGCGGAGGUAACCUCAUCUCCCCCGCCGGUCACUUCGCCUCCUCCUACUAAGGUGGUGGAAGAGGAAGCGGUUGUUUUGGCGAGGAUAUACGACGCGACGGCAAUAGGGGAGCCGUCGGCGUUGGGGAAAGAUAGAAGAGUAUGGGAGAAGCUGAUGAAUGCCAGGAUUUUAUUAGGAGAAGCUGAGCAAGUUCCGAUUACUGAUGAUAAAGAAUUGGAGCUUGAGAUUGUUAAGAAUUUGAAAAGACGAUGCGUUGAGAGCGAGAGGCCGUUGGCUCUGGCUCUCGAAGCUUUUCCUUCUGAUUUACAAAGUCAACUCAAUCAGUUUAUGGCUAAAAGGAUAGAUGGAGAGGAACUGAAAUCUUAUGUUUCACAUUGGCCAACUCAAAGGUGGCAGGAGUAUGAGCCCAUUUUAAAUUACUGUCGGGAUAAUGAAGUUCGCCUUGUUUCUUGUGGAACUCCUUUAAAGAUCGUAAGGACUGUGCAAGCUGAAGGCAUUCGUGGCCUCUCUAAGGAUGAGCGCAAGGCAUAUGCUCCUCCAGCUGGUUCAGGUUUCAUCUCAGGGUUUAGUUCUAUUUCACGCAGAUCAUCAAUGGAUAAUCAUUUCCCAACUCAGUCGAUUCCAUUUGGUCCAAGUUCAUAUUUAUCUGCACAAGCAAGAGUGGUUGAGGAAUACAUGUCCCAAAUUAUUUUGAAAGAAGUUUCAGAUGGAGGUGGUACAGGUUUGUUAGUCGUGACUGGUGCAAACCAUGUCCAAUUUGGUUCUAGAGGGACAGGGGUGCCUGCCAGAAUUUCUAAUAAGAUUCAGAAAAAGAACCAAGUGGCUAUACUUCUUAAUCCUGAAAGGCAGUACAUAAGAAGAGAAGGAGAUGUCCCUGUUGCUGAUUUCUUGUGGUAUUCUGCAGCCAGACCAUGCAGUAGAAACUGUUUUGAUCGUGCUGAAAUUGCUCGAGUUAUGAAUGCAGCUGGCAGGCAGCGAAAUGCCCUGCCCCAGGAUCUUCAAAAAGGACUUGACCUUGGUUUAGUAUCUCCAGAGGUCCUGCAGAACUUUUUUGAUCUGGAGCAAUAUCCUCUUAUUUCAGAGCUUACACACCGUUUCCAGGGAUUCAGGGAAAGAUUGUUAGCAGAUCCCAAGUUCUUGCAUAGACUAGCUAUAGAAGAAGCUAUAUCAAUAACAACUACUCUCCUGGCACAGUAUGAGAGGCGUAAAGAAAAUUUCUUUGAAGAGCUUGACUAUGUUAUUACAGACACUCUCCGAGGAAUAGUUGUUGAUUUCUUUACCGUAUGGCUUCCUGCCCCAACUAUCUCAUUCCUCUCAUAUUCUAAUGGAGCUGACAACAUGGAUGCGUUGAAAGGACUCCUUGGUUCAAUACCUGAUAAUGCAUUUCAGAAGAAUGUUGCAGGAAAGGAUUGGAAUCUCAUUCACAGGUUAGCAUCUGUGAUUGUUGGUGGUCUAAAACUGGCUAGUGUUGGAUUUAUUUCCAGUAUAGGAGCUGUGGCUUCCUCGAAUAUUUUGUAUUCAGCUCGCAAAGUCCUUAAUCCAAAGUUGGUUUCUAACCAACAAAUUAAAAGAUCACCGAUACUCAAAACAGCUCUUAUCUAUGGAGGCUUUCUAGGGACAUCUGCAAAUCUUCGUUAUCAGAUUAUUGCCGGAAUAGUGGAGCACCGGAUUUCGGAACAAUUUUCUUCUCAAACCUUUCUUGUGAAUAUGCUUUCGUUUGUUGCUCGGACCGUCAAUUCUUACUGGGGAACUCAGCAAUGGGUUGAUCUCGCUCGCUUCUCGGGAUUGCAAAGUCGGAAGAACGAAGAAUCUUCUUACCAGACUUCAGAUUCUCCUAAUCCGACUGCACUAGAAUGCAGCGCAGGAGAAGAGGCCAAUAUCGAUGAAUUCAAGAAUCAGUGAGGUGAAUUUGUAUCUUACGUUGUCAUUUUAAUCCGUAACUUAUCUUUGCCUUAUGCCCCUCAGAACCACAGUACACACAAACAAAUCCUGAAAUACAUAUUCUUUAAAAUUUUGGACGACGACGAGGAUGCUGCAAACACAUUACGUGUACAUUGAUUCAGCUUCGCUUGAAAUCAUGCAAUAAGAGAAUGUUACGGUUUCAUCCUUGAUUUUGAGACGUUUUCUCCAGAACAAGAUAGGUUGAAUUUAAAAGCUCAUUUGUAUAU